AUGAACGCUCCCGACAUCAACGCCCCGCUCUUCGACCGUUUUUCCAAGGCAGUCCCGACUUCCGUUCGUGCCCAGCUCGCAGGACUUUCUGACCGCGAGAUUCAGGCAUGGGCCCUCAGGCAGGUAAAAGAGUACCGUCGUCUUGCCUUCGUCCACCUGUCUCUGCACAACGCUGCCGCUCACAUCAACCGCAUCCUCCCCGCCGAGAUCAUCGUUAAGAUAUUUGUGUACCAUUUUGAAUUCGACCUGAAACCGACGACAAUCGCCCAAACCUGUUGUAGCUGGCGCACUAUCGCUCUCGAUGCAGCCCCUCAGCUGUGGGCUGCGUUUGCCCGGUCGGCCACCGGACCCUUCCGCGACCUCGACAAAUGGAACGAACUCGAGGAUGACAAGAAAUCCCGCCGUCUCGCUACUAUGGUGUCUGUCCUCAAAUGGUCCAAGCGAUUUCCAUUCCGUCUCUCCUUCAUUAGCCUCCCCACCCCUAUCGGAGACGCCCUCGGUCCAUACGCCGGCCACCUCGCCGAGCUCCGCGUCCAAAUAACAAGCGCAGGGGACGUCCGCUCGCUCUCGUCGCUGCUGAAACGUGGAUUAUCAACCCUCGAAACGCUCUCGGUAGAUAUGGAGGAGCGCGGCAGUCUACUGUCAUGGAAUGGCGUCCUCUUUGAACCGUCCCUCCGCCACGCCCUCGGCAAACUCCCGGCACUCCGACACCUACCUCACGUCCCACUCGACCUCUUCCUCUACCUCUCCCGCCCGACGCUGAUCAAUGUGAAAAUCAUAGAACCCAUACUUCUCAUUCAAGCCGUCGUUUCACAAAUCGCAAACGACCGGCGACUUCCGUCAUACUACUCUCGGUUUAGCCCAGGUGCGAAGCUCGUCACCGCGCUGCAAAAGUGCGAAGCUCUCCAGACGCUCUCCUUCGAGUUCUCCAUACCCCUGCGCCGCCUUUUCUGGGACUUGAUCAACAGCACCCCCGCUGGAGCCGCUCUGUGGUUCACGAAGAGAGCCGUGCUGCCGUCGCUCCGCAAGCUGAAGAUCUCAGUCAACGGCGAUCUGACCUACGUGUCCGUGCUGCUCAAGCUUCUCACGCUCCCCCCGCGUGCCUCUUUCAGUCUCGUCCUCACUGGCGUCCUUCCCGACGACGCUUUCUGGGAAGAGAUCGCCGCGGACGAAUCUGCCUCGCAACUCUUCUCGUCCGUCGACUCCGUGCGCAUCGCGACAUUCCCGCCCUCCAACGGCCCCAACAACACGCACCCCACUCUCGUCGUCGCCUGCGAAGGCCCGCACGGCGUUUCCCCUUUCACCCUCGUCUGCACCACCACAUUCCGCCCGAACGCUUCCCUCCGCCGCCUGCGCGGCCUUUUCUCCAUCCUCCACGCCCACGCUGCCGGCCACCCAGUGGCGCUCCUCUGCGUUCUACCACACCUCACCGCGCUCGCGCUCGUCGCGUGUCCCCACACCGCCGCCGCCGUCGCGUUCCACGCCCUCGGCACGCUGGACGCGGACGGCCGCCCGUGCUGCCCGGAGCUCUGCCGUCUCGACGUCAAGAUCAAGGUCGACGUCGUCGCUCCAAACGCCGACGCCGACGUGCCGCAGAGAACAGAGCACGCCGCUGCCUCCGGUCAGCUUUUGGCCGAAGACGAAGAGGGCCGUCAUGCUCCAGACGGUGGCGCGACGAUGCCGGCGCCCUUGCACGCCGCGCUCGUGGACGCGCUGGCGCGACGGGCAGCGGCGACUGCCGGUCACCGCUUGCACGCGUUAUCUUGGAGCGUUUUGAAGUGUUCGUCUUCGGAGGGCGUUUCACCGCACACUCCGGAAGCGUCGGUGUCAGACUUGUCGGACUUGAAGGCGUUGGUGGAUGAGUUCGAGUUCAGUGGAUUCGAGGAACAGGGUGCGCUGGGUUCGCAGUUCCAUUACGGGCAGUUUACCAUGAUACAGCACAUAUUCGCCAUACUUUAA